GGGGAGUGGUUUAAGUGUCAGAUAAAAUAACACUCGAGGCUGAAAGUGAAACUGUUGCUGCUCAACAAUUUCUACUCCACAGCAUUUGCGAACCUUUAACAUUUGUACUACGAAAGUAGAUUCCUGCUUCACACUGCUCGGCCAUAACAAGAUACUUCUUUAAAGAUGGUGCACCCAUCCAAACCUGUGCAACCAUUGCAGGUGGUGUUACUUGGUAAAACAGGAGCAGGGAAGAGUGCCACAGGAAACACCAUCCUGGGGCGCAAAGAUUUUCUCUCAAAGAAGAGUUCCAAAUCAGUGACUGCUGAUAUUGAGAAACAAAAUGUCACCAUUGAAGGAAUAGAUGUUGUCGUGUAUGACACUCCAGGAUUCUGUGACCCCGAUCGAUCCGAAGAGCAAAUUCAGGAGAAAUUCCAGAAUGUCCUCAAGUUAACCUCAUCUGGUCCCCGUGUGUUUCUCCUGGUGGUGAAGACAGACAGAUUAACAGAAGAAGAGAAGAGGGUCAUCAGUAAAGUAGAAGAUCUUCUAGGAGAGAGUCUUUUGAAGCAAACCUGGAUCCUGUUCACCAGAGGAGAUGAGUUAGAAGACCAGACUAUAGAAGAAUUCAUUGCUGACUCAGAUGACCUCACAGAAGUGCUGAGAAAAUACGGUGGAAGAUACCAUGUGUUCAACAACAAGAGUGGUGAUCCUGAGCAGGUCAAAUCACUACUGGAAAAGACAUCUACCUGUCUCAAUUCAACAGUUUCAAGGAGCUCCUCCAUCAGGAAUCUCCCAGAGAGAAGGAUUGUUCUGCUUGGAAAAAGCGGUGUUGGGAAGAGUGCAACAGGAAACACAAUCCUUGGUGGGAAAAGUUUCCAUUCUGAACAGAAAUUGUCCUCAGUAACACGUAAAACAGAAAUGAAGCAGGCAGCAGUAGAUGGGAGGGAUGUCAGUGUGGUUGACACUCCAGGACUGUUUGACACACAGCUUACUGUGGAAGAAGUGGCAAUGGAGAUUGGUAGUAGCAUCUAUGAGUGUAGCCCAGGGCCUCAUGCCUUCCUCAUAGCUUUAAGAGUGAAUGACAGGUUCACAGAGCAGGAGAAACAAGCUAUUGAAAUUCUAGAGAGUGUGUUUGGAUCAGGACUGGCAAAGCACACCAUCAUCCUCUUCACCCAUGGAGAUGCGUUAGAGGGUAGUGGUGUAGAGAAGCUGAUUAGUGGGAACAAGGACCUCAGUGGAUUGGUAGAGCAGUGUGGGGGGAGGUACCAUGUCCUCAACAAUAAAGCCAGAGGGAACAGAUCUCAAGUCACAGAACUGAUGGAGAAGAUAGACAGAAUGGUGGAGGAGAAUGGAGGAACCUGCUACACCAAUGAGAUGUUUGAGGAGGUAGCCAGGGCUAAGAAAGAGGUGGAGGAGUGGAAACAGAGGGAGGAGGAGGAGAGGAUCCAGAAGGAGAAGGAGUGGCUCCAGAGGGAGGAGGAGAAGAGGAUCCAGAAGGAGAAGGAGUGGCUCCAGAGGGAGAGGGAGAGGAUCCAGAAGGAGAUAAGGGAGAGGGUCAAUAUGGAGUGGAGGGAGAGGGUCGAGAAGUUGAGGGUCGAGAGGGAGAGGAGGGAGAGGGACAGGGUCGAGAUGGAGAGGGUCGAGAAGGAGACAAGGGAGAAGGAGAGGAUCGAGAAGGAGAGGAGCAAGAGGAAGACAAUUAUUAUAAGUGGUAUUGUAGCAGGUUUAAUUGUUGGUGGGGUAGUUGGUGGGUUAGUUGGUGGGGCAGUUGGUGUGGUAAUUGGUGGGGUAGUUGGUGGGGUAGUUGGGGUAGUUGGUGUGAUGUGGUAAACAUCUGGCAGGAAAGUAGCCAGUCAACAAUCCCCAACAGUAAUUUACUGUGAAAUACAAUGUUAGUAGCUAUUACUUCCCCAAUCAUUCUGAAAAUGUCUAAACGACUUACACUCCAAUUCAACUUAGAGCCUAAUACAGAAAUAGGCCUACCGCUUUAUGAAAAUCUUGUCUGCAUACAUUAUAUUUUUUUAUGUUUUUACAUAAACUAUACCAUGAUUAAAGCUAUAGUAUAUAACUGGGGUCUCCAACCCUGUUCCUGGAGAGCUACCCUCCUGUAGGUUUUAACUCCAACCCUGUUCCUGGAGAGCUACCCU